CAUUUCAUUCAGGUGGGCAAAAUCUAUUCUGAGUAACUGCACCAGUAAAGGGGGGCUAUCACAUCGCAUAAUGCUGUUAGUUUCAUAGCUCUACGCCGCAGCGUUGCAAAGGAAUGUGUCAAAUGACGCUUCGAAUGUGCUCAUUGGAAAAGUCGAGAUUCCGGAUGUUAGAAACCGCCCCAAAAAAUAAGGGCGAUUCAACGCUCUUUUCGAUGUCAGCAGGAUACCCACGGUUCGGAGGGUAUUUUAAGACACCUUCACCAUAUAUAUAGAUGCCCAGAACGACUUUUGGACCUCAGAUUUCGCAGCAGCCAGUGGUACCAAUCUUCAUAUUGCCAGUUCAGUUGAGCUACUGGUCUAAACUCGCCGGCACAUACACUCCAGCAAGGAAGAUCCAUCAGAUCACGUCUCUCAAAGAUGCUUUUUUCAACUGUUCUGCUGGCCUUCGCCGCUCUUGGCGCUCCGUCUGCCUUUGCCAGUCCUGUGUCUCUCGAAGGCAGGAAUAUAACUGGAAUCGACCAAGUCUUAAAACGGCAGAGUGCUGACCGUAUCUGUGGAGAUGAAAACCCCUACAGUGCAUCUUUCCAAGCUCAAACAUUCGAAUAUGCCAGUCAAAGCUACAGCGCAACUGGACUAACUGCUAGGGGCAGUGUUGGUGACAGAGUAUACCCCCACGAGUUCGAGAACAGAAAAAACGAAGUUACUCUUCCUGACUGCCCGGGUGUCCCGGGACCAUACCAGGAAUUCCCUAUCCGGCAGGGUGGGCUUCUCUUCGCAGAUGGUGUUGAUCAGGGAUCGGAUCGUAUCAUCUACAAGAUUACUGCUACGAAUCCAGCAAAUGGUCUUCCGGAUAAUUUCGUAUACUGUGGCGUCAUUACCCAUCUGGGCGCACGGCGCAAUAAGUUCGUUACGUGCCCUAAUGUGUAGAACCUUUGUUCCCGCAAUAAAGGCUUGGAUUUUUUAGCUACAGCCUUAUUGUAGCGAAUUGACCGGCCUUGACAAGUUGGAGAGUGGAUUGGAAGCUUGAUCUUGGAUAGAGACACUCGUUUAACUUAAUCUUGUACGAUCUCUCACUAGCUGUAUAUAUCGCAACGCUCAUUAGUUAGUUAGCAAAAUUUCUAUAACAGACAUUGAUCUCCCUGUCAAAGGAAUGGUUCAAACCAGCAGC